UUCCUUUUAUAUGUAUCCUUUUGCUUUGUAUUUCUCUUCUGUCAGUGGCCGAUACUUCAAAACCUACGGUCUCCAAUAUUCUCUCUUUCUUCGUCUUCAUCUCCAUCUCCAAAUACAGACAGCUAAGAUUUAGGUCGACCUGCUCCGUAGCGAUGGCUAGGAAGAUGCUUAUCGAUCGCGAACCUGAAUUGAUCAAUCCGGGAGAAGAAGCUGCGAAUUUCGACUUUGAUUUGUUUAUUAUUGGGGCUGGAAGCGGUGGCGUUCGUGCCGCUAGGUUUUCAGCUAAUUUUGGAGCCAAGGUUGGGAUUUGCGAGCUUCCAUUUCAUCCAAUUAGCUCAGAAACUAUUGGAGGCGUUGGUGGAACGUGUGUUAUUCGUGGUUGUGUUCCCAAAAAGAUUUUGGUCUAUGGAGCAUCUUUUGGAGGUGAACUUGAGGAUGCUAGAAAUUAUGGGUGGGAAUUGAGCGAGAAUGUAGACUUCAAUUGGAAGAAGCUCUUGCAAAAGAAGACAGAUGAAAUAAACAGAUUAAAUGGAGUUUACAAGCGGCUAUUAUCCAAUGCUGGGAUUAAAUUAUUUGAAGGUGAGGGGAAGAUAGUGGGUCCAAAUGAAGUUGAGGUCACCCAAUUAGAUGGCACCAAAUUGUCUUAUUCAGCAAAGCACAUUUUGAUUGCAACUGGCAGUAGGGCUCAACGUCCAAAUAUUCCAGGACAGGAGUUGGCUAUAACAUCCGAUGAGGCACUAAGUUUGGAGGAACUUCCUAAACGAGCUGUGGUUCUUGGAGGAGGUUAUAUUGCAGUUGAGUUUGCAUCUAUAUGGCGUGGAAUGGGUUCCACAGUCCAGCUAGUUUUCAGAAAGGAACUUCCAUUAAGAGGUUUUGAUGAUGAAAUGAGAGCAGUGGUUGCAAGAAAUCUUGAAGGCAGGGGGGUUAAUUUACACCCAAGGACAAAUUUAACGCAGUUGAUCAAAACAGAGGAUGGAAUUAAAGUUAUCACAGAUCAUGGUGAGGAACUGAUGGCUGAUGUUGUGCUAUUUGCCACUGGUAGGGCUCCUAAUUCGAGAAGGUUAAAUUUAGAAGCUGUAGGUGUGGAGCUUGACAAUACUGGAGCUAUAAAGGUUGAUGAAUACUCACGCACUAACAUUCCUAGCAUAUGGGCUGUGGGUGAUGUUACAAAUCGAAUGAAUCUUACUCCAGUGGCCUUGAUGGAAGCAUCAUGCUUUGCAAAAACAGCAUUUGGUGGCCAACAAUGCAAGCCUGAUUACAGCAAUAUCCCAUAUGCGGUGUUCAGUAUUCCACCACUUUCUGUAGUUGGUCUCAGUGAGGAGGAGGCAAUAGAGAAAGCAAAUGGUGAUGUGUUGGUUUUCACGUCAACCUUCAAUCCUAUGAAAAAUACCAUCUCUGGGCGACAAGAAAAAGUUGUUAUGAAGCUUGUUGUUGAUGCCAAGACAGACAAGGUUCUUGGAGCAUCCAUGUGCGGGCCAGAUGCUCCUGAAAUUAUGCAGGGUAUAGGCGUUGCGUUGAAAUGUGGAGCUACCAAAACACAGUUUGACAGCACAGUGGGAAUACACCCAUCUGCUGCAGAAGAAUUCGUUACCAUGAGGUCAGUGACAAGGACUAUUGCUGCUGGCGGCAAACCUAAGACAAAUUUAUAGAAUUUUUAUAAAAAAAAUUAUGAUCAGUCUGUACAAGCAUAGAUAAUUAAAACAGUAUCUAUUUUGAAUUUCCGAACCUAAAGGUUAUUUUGUUAUUGUUAUUGUUAUUUACAAAUUGCAUUGCUCAAAAUUCAAUACUGAAUGCUGCUCAAUUCGUUAACAAUGAGU